GCGCUAAUCGUUAAGAAUGUGAAUCUCUGGCGAUGCGGGCCCCGGGUUUGAAUCAUUUCCUUGUCUCCAGCACCAACAUGGCGGACCAGGGUGAGAAGAAAGAAAACCCAAUGCGUGAGCUCCGUAUCAGAAAGCUCUGUAUGAACAUAUGUGUUGGCGAAAGUGGUGAUCGACUUACUCGAGCUGCCAAAGUGCUUGAGCAGCUCACUGGUCAAACACCUGUCUUCUCCAAAGCUCGAUACACCGUAAGAUCUUUUGGUAUCAGGAGAAAUGAAAAGAUUGCUGUUCACUGCACAGUCCGUGGUGCCAAAGCUGAGGAGAUCCUGGAAAAAGGCCUUAAAGUUCGUGAAUAUGAACUGAGAAAAAACAACUUCUCAGACACUGGCAACUUUGGCUUUGGUAUUCAGGAGCACAUUGAUUUGGGCAUUAAGUAUGACCCAAGCAUUGGUAUCUAUGGUUUAGACUUCUAUGUGGUUCUGGGAAGACCAGGCUUCAGCAUUGCUGACAAGAAGCGCAAACGUGGUCGCAUUGGAGCCAAACACAGGAUCAACAAGGAGGAGGCCAUGCGCUGGUUUCAACAGAAGUAUGAUGGUAUCAUUCUCCCAGGAAAAUAAAAAUGUUUUGUAAUUGUCAUUAGUACAAGAAUCUGAUACUUAUUCAGUUUUUGUUUAGUGGUAGUUACCUCAUCAUUGUAACUUGGAUUAGGCAGAAAGAUAACUAUCAAUCGUAUUGCCGGUUCACCCUGUUUUCUGACUCCACUAUAAUAUGACAAAGUUCAUGUCUUUGAUGAGUUUACCAUUAUUUAGUGAAUAUAGCCUUCUCUUGAAGCUGCUAUUUGAUACAUGCUCUGGCUAUCUGUGAACUCAAGAACCACACUUCCAUGAAAGCAAUAAGAGCUAUUUGGUGUGAAUCAUUCUGUUGUAGAUCCAAAUUUUCUUACAAUAGCCCUAAAAUUUUCUAAUUCCUUUUUAAAAUCAUUCCAGUUUUCCUUGUGUGAAAAUCCCAAGGCAUGGCUCAAUGUCAACCAAAUGCUGAUUGUUCUGGUGUAAACCUGACUAAUAAACUAAAUCUUCCAACUGUGCAUUCUCAACAAAGUUUCACCCACUGUAAGCAGGGACUCUUGGGCUUUGUAUAUGUGAUUUCCUGUUUGUGCUGUUGUUGGUGGAAAGCUGUGCACCGUGAACUCACUACCAGGAAACAUCUAUUAUUAAGUAGCAGUUCUGCAGAGAAGAGCAUUGUAUUCAAAUCCUAUCACCUAGUGACUCCAGAUGAUACAUUGUUUUGGACUCGGUGGUCUUCCCCUAUGUUUAGUUGUAAUGUCCCACUCUGAUCGCUAUCUUAGUUGAAGAUGUUCAGCAUUCAAGAAGGAACUGAACAAGGUAAUGAAGAAGGAGGAAAAUAUCACACAGAGCAUGUGGUGAGAAAGGAUACCAAUGAUGCAGAUUUCCUUGUCAGUUAACCUUUAUUCCAAGGGUGGCUGUUUCUGUGAAUGAGAAGAAGCCAGUUUACGUGUGGGUGGAGACUCUGUAUCAGAUUUGUUUGUCCAGGUAUUCUGUGUUCUUGAUGUCAAGCUGAUUUUUUUUCCCUCCCACCCCCUCCUCUACUGACCAUAAGACUCCACUGAGAACUAGCCCUAUUUUGCCGGAUUUCAGUGUUUCCACUUGUGUGUUUUGUGUCUGUAAUUUCUUUGGGUUACUCGUGAUGUCUCCUGUUGUCUCAUUGCUGUCUUUCAUUUAAGCACUUUAGAGUUCAUUCCCAUUUUUCUGACACUUUGUUAUUUUUUCCCAUUUCUAUUUUUUAAGUAAAAAUCAGUAUUUUCUUCCAGAGGAAAUCUUCUGUUGACAGAUAUUUCUAGAUCUACUGAAGGCUUCUUGUAUUUUCUUUUUGUUGUUGUUUAUAUAACCACUGUGAUUCUUUUUAACAUCUAAAACUUCAGAGAUUGAAAAAGAAUGCUUUCAAUGCACUGCUUGGCUGAAUAACUACUUUCAGAAUAUAGUGUAAAACAUUACAACUGUCAAGUAGUGACAAACACAAUAAAUACACCAUAUUUACUGUUUAUACAUUUUUAUUCCACACAUAAAUAGUAAUUCAAAUCUUUUCAUGACAGUGAAUAGGCAAAGAACUUGACACAUUUCAGUAUUAGAUGAAUGCAGUUUUCUUUGAAAAACACUUCUUGCUACUUUCUGUAGUGUUCAAACAUUAUUCCAUUUACUUUUAGCCACCAGCCUGUCUGUGUUACACAGAGAGCAGUAUUAACUUUUUCUGUUUUUUCUCCCCUCCCCCACCAUCACUUCUACCCCUUCCUUAACCUCAGUUUCGCCCUCGCUUUCCCUUCCCCUCUUUCUCUGGGCAUAUGAAGUUUAAAUGAAUGCAAACUUGAUGUGAAUAUAUUGUACCAUUUCAUUCAACCUUGUUUGAGAAUUCCUGGGAGAGAAAGAUUCUCAGUGUUGUUAUUCUGUUACAUAGAAACUUUGGUUGGUUCAGAUGUAACCUGGUCAUCAUAAAAUUGAGAAAUCAGUUCUACAUUGACCAGGGCUCAGUUAUGUUGGCUUGUGCUUAUUAGCUCAUAUUAGUUAUCUUUCACUUCUGGAUACAAUGUAUGUCUUGUAUCCAGUGAGCUAUGGUGGUAAUAAUUAAUUGCAAAUUCAUUAUAACAUUAUAGUCUGUAUGUUUAGCACCAGUUUCAACCCCUUUUUGCUGAUAAUGAUCAUUUAUUCAGUAUUCCAAGUAGAAAGUUUACAGUAGUAUUUUUUCUUAAAAAGCUAUCCUUCAAUUCCUUUGCAAACCAUGUUGAAUGAACUGUUUUUCAGAUUUAUUUUUGAUGCUUGUGUGCAUUUUCUCAUUCUGCUGUUUAUUUUCUAAAAGUCAAAAUACUCAACUGUACUUUGUGUUGAGCUGUGUUUGCACCUGAAUGUCUUAAAUUGUUGAUUUAAAGAGGAGUGCUCCGUAACAUUAUUCACCAUCACCUUCCACCAACCCAUAUCUCAUGUAUGGCCAUUUUUCCCAGUUUAAUUCCAAAUAAAUAUGUUCUCUGGGCAUUUUUCCAGAAUAUAAAUUUGGCAGUUCUGUGCUUGAUUGAAAAUUUGCACAGUUGGAGAAGCGAUUGCUUGAUUUAGUCAGAUACAGUUUCAAUGAUACUGAUAUUCAGGAAUCACUAUUAUUUCAAUUGUGCUCACAACAGAUAAUGUAAGGUUGUUUUGAAAUAUUUACAGCUUCUUUGUUUUUUGGGCCAAUAGUUUCAUUUAAAAAGUGUCAUUAAAUACUGGAAGUUAGUUUUGUUCAAUAAGCAAUCAAUUUUUAAACUUUCCAGGACAUUUUUUUUUACAUUAGCCUAAACACUUUAACUGCAACAACUUAAAAUUACUCAAGAUUCCAUUGCUUUCACUGUCACCUUGGUAAAGUCCCUCAUCUUUUCUUAAAAUCUAUAUAAGGUUUUCCUACCAGAAACACAAUUUUGAUCAUUGGAAAUAGUAUUUCCCUUAUUAAUUAAACUUGAAAUGGAGUUCUGUUCCAAGUUUUGAGUAAAAUGAUACAAUUUGUAUCUUUUUUUGUUUCAUACUGUUUGCUGUGCCAUCAGGUCACGUUUAAAGUGGGCUACGUUAAAAGACUUUUGUACUUAAAAGUUUCUGUCCACACUUAUGCCAUUAGGAAGGUGAAGAACGUCAGUCCCUGCGCCACUUCUAAUUCAAGACAACUGUUGGGAUGCCAGUAGUGCCUCUUACCAAUUUGUGCCCCUUCUCUACAUUGCUAGGCCCUCUGUCUAAUAGUUUAGCUGUGAGCUAUUUAACUUGAUCCUGCGGUCUGAAGUGUCAUAUUUAAACAAUUGCUUUGGACAGGUUCAUGUGUGGGCUUAACAGUCGCGUGCCUCACUUUGUGAUUUGUCACAAUCUUGGUCAGAUAUUUUACAGCUAGAGGACUAUUAAAAGCAUUAAUUUGCCUCUCGUCCUUCUCAACCUCUUUUUCCAUUCUUGUGCUUAGUAAUCCAAUCUACCCUUAUACUUUGCUGCAUUGCCCUGUAGCUACAUUUUCAUUUUAAUUCUGCCAUGGGACUAAACCUCCAGAACUACACCCCAAUUCUUAUUGCAAUGUGAUAAACUGGAAAUUAAGGGAAGGUUGAGUUAAAUCUCAAGUCUGUAGCCUUUCCAUCUUGUUCCAUCAUUUUACUUGCUGACUUGUUUCUUUUUCAUUUGGUAAGUUGGUUUAGUUUUUAAAUGAAGAGAACUUUGAUUUGGUUUGUGAUGACAACUUGAAGCAUCAGAUUGUUUUAAAAUUAAAACAAGGUAUAAAGUGAAAACACAAAUCCUCACAAAAUGUGGAAAGAAAAUUUCUGAUUACAGAAUUUUAGUUGAGCUUUGAGGUUCAUCUACUACAACUUGUUGUUUUCCUUAUACUGAAAAGCUACAAAAUUCCAUCAUUGUCAUUAUCUAAUUUUUUUUAACUAACAACUUCCUUCAGUUUUGCUUUUUUUUUAAAAAUUACUAGUUGCUUUCAUAAUGCAAACCUUAGCUCUCAUUACUGUAAUAAUCACUGCAUUAUACUGAAAAUUUUGCUUUCACUUUCAUGCAGCUAAUAUUAAAAUGUCAAAACUUUAUUUUAUUGUUUGCUUUUUAAAAUCUUGAUAACUUUGAAUCUUAAUUUUGACAACUCAUUGCUAAAUCUGUUGGCAUUUCACUUCCUACUUUGGUCAAUUAACAAAUCAAAAUAAAUCAUCCUGUGGAACCUCAAAGGAUUUUGGUUGCUUUUUGGUGAGGUUGUCAAAAGUGCUGUGUCAAAUGUUUAGCAAACCACUUAAGCUUUUAGAUGAGGCAUGGCCACCUUUUAAUCAACAAAACAUUUCCUUACCAUUUCUGUACAAUAUUCACUUUAUCUCAAGAUGUGAUAGUUAAGGGGAAGAGAAUUGACAAAUUUCUUAUUUUUCAAUUUGGAAAUGUAAUAAAUUUGGUGUUUUUAAAGAAA